AUGAAAUUUUUAUAUUCAAUUUUACUUAAUCUUAAUAAAAUAUUAUACUAUUUUUUAAUUAUAACUUUUUCAUUUAAGAAUAACACUUUUUGUUUUGAUUUAACUUUAACUAAAAGCGAAAGAAAUGCAAAUAUUAUAAGAUUGAAUAAAUUAAUUUCUAUUAAAAAUAAUAUCUCAAGACGGAAAUCAGAAAAAUUUAUAAAAGAUGGCAAUGUAAAAUUAAAUAAUAAAAUUGUCAUAAAUCCAGGUCAACAUGUUGAUAUAACAAAAGAUAGCCUAAAAAUUUGUGAGAAAAAAAUAAAGAUUGAAAAUAUAAAAAAUUUAAUAAAUAGGAGCAAAAACAAUGAAUAUAAAUGGAUUGUUUUACAUAAGCCAAAAGGAAUGAUUUGUACUGCUAAUGAUGAAAAAAAUAGAAAAUCAAUCUUUUCUAUUUUUCCUAAUGAUUUAUUGGAAAAAUAUCGUUUCGUAUCAGUAG